UUAUUCAUUCAUUGGCAUUAGCUUUUCUAUAAAGUGCCUUACUAAAAGGAGGCAUAGACAGCAGCCUACAGAGUUAGAUACAUACAAACCCACAGCGGAGUUCACCUUGUCUCAUCGUCAUCUGCUGUGGUUACAAUUAUCCACUUCUCACACCUUUUUUGUGGCUUUUUGGGCCUUUAUUUUUCCUGAUAGGACAGUAUGAGAGUAGACAGGAAGUGAACGGGAGAAAGAGAGAAGGGGGAAGGAUCGGCAAAUGACCCAGGCCGGAACCGAACCUGGGUCGGCGGCGUAGCAGCCCAGCACCCUACCAAUAGAGCCACGGUAGGGGCUGUCUCACAACCCACUAUACACCUUCUCUCGCCUUUUACCCAAAGUGUCUUACAUAGGGAGGCAUAGACAGCAACCUACAAAGUGUGGUGACGUACAAACUGCAGCAGAGUUCCCUGUCUCUCAUCGUCGUCACCUGCUGCUGCUGCUGCUAUAGCGAUGAGGCGUGACCGCUUCAUGGUGGCCUCGGCGCUGGCCUUCUUCCUGGCCGCGGACAUCUACUUCGUGCUGUUGCCCCGCCUCAAGGAGUGGUACCUGUUGCCUCGCGACAGGUGCGCCUGCCUGGGUCGCCAUGCCAAUGCUAACACCAACGGUAACGGCACCUGGGCAGCUAACGGCACCGGGAUGGGGCCGGCGGCGGGGGCAUCCAGGCUGGCGAGGCUGUUCGGCCACCCGCUGUACAACAUGCGACUGCCGGAGAUGAGGGGAGGGGAGGUGCUGCUGGAGCAGGCGGACCUGAUGGAGUAUUACAGGAAGAAGGUGGCGCGCUGGGAGAGGCAGCUGAAGUACUACAGCGACGCGGCCCAGGCCGCCAACCUGUCACUGCCCCCGCAGCCCGUGACCUUUGACCCCGAGGCCAGCUGGUUGAAAUUCCACCUGGGCAUCAACCGCUACGCGCUGUACACCCGAGACGACCCCGGCAUCGCCCGGCUGCUGACGGACAUGCAGAGCAACGGCGUCAUGAGCGCAGAUUAUACCCAGGAUGAGAAAGCUCUGAAAGGGCUGUGUGACUGCACUCAAGUUGUGAAGCCAAGUGGACAUCACCUGAAGCUGGCCCUGAAGUUCCAGGACUUUGGCAAGGCCAUGUUCAAGCCCAUGAGGCAGGAGAGGAGUCAGGAGACCCCUGAGGACGUCUUUUACUUCGUGGACUUCCAGAGACACAACGCCGAGAUCGCCGCCUUCCACCUCGACAGGGUACUGGACUUUCGGAGAGUUCCACCUGUCGCUGGGCGAUUCAUCAACGUCUCCGGGGAGAUUCUACAUGUGACUCGGAACGAGGAACUGAGAAGUGUUUUCUUCACCUCUCCAGCAAACAACACCUGCUUCUUCGCCAAGUGCCUGUACGUGUGCAAGACGGAGUACGCUGUGUGUGGCCACCCGGACCUUCUGGAGGGUUCCAUGUCUGCGUACCUGCCCGGCCUCAGCAUCGCCCCGCGCAUCUCCAUCCCCAACCCCUGGAUACGCUCCUACUCCUUCACUGGCAAAGAAGAAUGGGAGGUGAACCCCUUCUACUGUGACACCAUCAGAAGGAUGUACCCCUAUAACUCUGGCAACAGGCUGCUCAACAUCGUCGACAUGGCCAUCUUCGACUUUCUCACAGGGAACAUGGAUCGUCACCACUAUGAGAUCUUCACUAAGUUUGGUGAUUCUGGAUUUCUCCUUCAUUUGGAUAACGCCAGAGGGUUUGGCCGUCACUCCCAUGAUGAGCUGUCUAUCCUGGCUCCCCUCACACAGUGCUGCGUCAUCAAGCGCUCCACCCUGCUACGUCUGCGUCUGCUGUCCCAGCCCGAGUUCCGCCUGAGUGAGGUGAUGCGUGAGUCGCUGGACGGGGACCUGCUGCGUCCGGUUCUGACCGACCCGCACCUCCUGGCUCUGGACCGGCGCCUGGACAAGGUGCUCCGGGCCGCGCAGCGCUGCGUCCGCAAGCUUGGCGAGGGCCAGGUGGUGGUGGCCGACUUUGCGGAGGUGCCUGAUGACGACGAUGGUGGUGACGAUGGCCCCACGACGCAAACGCCAAAGCAGCCCCCUCCGCCAGCCCACCGUCCACCCUCCCAUCCCCCACCUCCGUCAGCGCCACCGGCCGCACCACCAGCACCACCGUCCAGAAGCAGGUGAUGACGGAUGGACGGAUGGAGGAAGGUGAAUGGGUGAAGGAGUGGGGAUUGGAGAUCCACAAACACGACCAACUACAAGGGGCCACAGAACAAAGUGUGAUGUUCAGAGAACUCCAGCAAGAUGAGGAGUUUAAAUGGAGUUGAGGGUUGUGUGGCGAACAUGAACGGGAAGAAACAUGAGGAAUACAAGAAAUGUGCUCAGAGAGCGCAUGCACCUCCUCCCCUCUGAUGGACAGAAACACACAUGCACCUGAAACAGAGGAAGUGGUUGAAUGGGUGAAGGAUGUUGGGAAUUGGAGAUCCAUAAUGAAGUGACAAUGGUGGAAGACAUGACACUGAGGAAGGAGGUGAAUGUGUGAAGGCAGGGAAGCCGACAAGGGGGGGACAAAGGGGUCAGUUGUGCCGGGCCCAGGGAGAGGAGGGGACCAGGAUUGGGUCCUCAUUACAUUGUAUGUUUUGAGUGGGGUGGGGGCUUUCAGUUGACUUUGCUCUGGGCCCUGGCAAAAGCUGUCAGUGGCCCUGGGUGAAGGAACUUGGGGAAAUGGAGAUCCACGAUGAUGACCUAAACUGUGAAAGAGAAAUGAAAAGAUCAUGCAAGGUCAAGACUUUGUGAAGACUCAGCUUUCUGUGACAGCUCACAAUUGGCCGGCGUAUGACAUCUUGUGUUCUCGGGAGGAAAUCGUUUGGAUGUGGAAAAGCUUUCAAUGAGGAAGUGGAACACGUGACACUCGCUCUACAAUGUGCAGUGAUGAACACAAAUACAGGACCUACAGACCAACGUGUGAUGUUUAGAGAACUUCACAGAGAUGAUAAGUUUAAAUGAAGUUGAGGGUUGUAUGGAGAAUAUGAACUGGAAACAUGAGUAAUAUGAGGAACUAAAAAUGUGCUGAGAGAGCGCUUGCACCUCUGCCCUCUGGUGGACAGAAACACACACGCACCGUGAAUGAAAGCAUUAACAUACGAACGAACACACAAAUCAGGAAAUCACGUAACGUCCUUGGCAGAGGUAACAGUCUGGGCCAAUAGCAAGGGGUUAAAGAGCUGUCGGUAGAUGAACAUGGACAUUCAGGGGUACCAAACCAAACUGCUCUGACCACUACACCAAAGAGCCAGGCUAGUUAACGUGAUAGAGCACACCCACAACCCUAGUGAUGGUCACUCCAUCACAGGACCAAAGAUAAAACUCUGAUGAUCAGCCGGCUUCAGGAGCGUGCUGCUUCAGGUCAAAGGUCAGAGUUAUAGUUCAGAGGCCCAACAGGAAGAGACUGCAUAACCGGGCAAACACACCGUCCAGCAGCGAUACGAUGAAGUGACAGAGAAUCGCUAGACUGGACUCCGUUUCUCGAUUCUUGUCGUUGCUAACCGUCUUAAGUCGGUCUUGAGUUGGUCGUAAGUUGCUCUUGAGUUGGUCUUAAGUUGGUCUUCAGUUGGUCUUUAGACGCAAGACCAACUUAAGAACAACUUAAGAACAACUUAAGACCAACUCAAGACCUUGGUUACAACGUUGGUCUUAAGAACGAACAAAAUGGCUAAAGUCGUUAGCAAAGGGAAACGACCCCCUGUGUAGCAAGAGAGAUACGAGCGAUAGAAGUGACUGAGUACGCCAGUUUAAAAGCAGAGCAAAAGCAUUCCGACAUUCCAAUUGACUCUGGCGGCUGUCAUCGAACAGCAUCAUAGCUUAUUUGCUUAAUAUUUCUAACUACAAACUGUCGCUCAAGUCGCUUGAGUCGCCUCUAGUCACCCAAACAGCUUUUGUGUUUUCUGUCGCCAGCGACUCAGUACAAAGUCAAUUACUUCCGUCGGCGGCCUAUUCGUGCAGUAUGUAGUCUGGAUUGAACACCUCUCCUGAGCGAAGACUCCUAGCAGCUGCUUCCCAACUCCUCACAUGCAAGCACAUGGUCAUGAGCAUGGAGACAACAGAAACAGACAGAGGUGGAGCUGUCUGUAUUCAUGUGUGGAGAGAAUUAGGGAGGACGGGGCUUGAGAGAGAGAGAAACAGAGAUUGGAGGGGCAGAGAGAGAAGCUUUGAACCAGAAAGAGAAGAAAUGAGCUCCCAUGUUCCUCAGACAGCUGGCCAAAUAGCUGGGAGCAGUGCUAUAAGGACCAUCAGCUACUCAGCUGACAAAUGAAACUGGAUUUCCUAAGUCGAUGGGAUGAGAGAAAAACGAAAGACCGAAUCAUUAGCAUUCUGCUUGGAAGGCAAUGCAACAUGUACAGUAUGGAUGUUCACAGUUUUUUAAUGGGACGAGGUUUUACACCAAACAUAGGCCUACUAUCCAUGUUGCCUGGUUACCAACAGACCUAAUCACAAGUGAGAUGUCUUUCAGAUCUGAACGAUUGUGUGUAGAGCUAAAGGCAGCAUUGGAUAAAUAAUCCCAGCCCAGGCUACUGUACGUGUAGUGCAAGUAGAAAAUGGAGCAGGUCGACACUGGCUCUACUCUAAUGAGAAAGAAAACGGAAUUCUUUUAGUUCAUUAGGAGAUUUUUCAGUUCAGAGAUCCGUGAAAUGGAUGUAUGGGGAGGAGAGAGUUCAAGGCAAAAAGGAAAGCAUUUGACUGUGCGCUGUGCACAUGCCUGUGCUUGCUUUGCACACACAUACAGUACACACUCGCAGGGAAGCUGACAGGGGUGGACAAAGAGGGGAGUUGUCCCGUCCCCAGGUAGGCAAGGGGCCCAUAAUUGGGUCUUCAUUAUUACAUUGUAGUAUGCAUUUAGUGAGGGGGCCCUUUCAGAUGACUUUGUCCUGAGCUCAGCAAAAGCUGUCAGUGGCCCUGCACACUCGCUCUCUGAGUUCUUGCCAAACCCCAGCAGCUAAAAUGGGGCAGACAACAAUUCCUGCACUCACUUAAAAAUAAACUUCCAAAUUUCCCCCCAAGUCAUCUGAAAGACACACACACACACCACAAACAAACACACACGGCACACACGGCACACACACACACACACACACACACACACACACCACAAACAAACACACACGGCACACACGGCACACACACACACAUGUCUAAAAACAGAAACAGCUAGCUUGGUGUGUGUGUGUGCGUGUGUGUGAGUGGAUAGUGCUUAGAUGGAGAAUGGAGAAUGGAGAAUAGUGAAUGCCUCUUAACACGCUCUUAGUCUGUGAAAUAUUGUUAUUGUGGCAAACUAACCCCACAUAACUACAACAAGAGGGUGGGGCCGCUAAGCGACUUGUGAGUGCCUAUGGUGUUGGCAUGGUGGUAAGUAACGGUCAGUCUCACAUCUGAAGCCCAAACGGCUUCGUAUGUUCUGUAGGUACGUAUCUUACUGGCUCAUAGGCUUGAUGGUGUUUUUGUGGUUCUUCCCGUUCUCACACGCUAUGUCUGACUGUGGCACACAAAUAGGACACGUCAACAUAGAGAGAGAUACAGAGAGAGAGAGAGAGAGAGAGAGAGAGAGAGAGAGAGAGAGAGAGAGACAAAGAGAGAGACAGAGAGACAGAGAGAGAGACAGAGCAGGAGAAAGGAUUAAAGGUUAGACAAUGAGACAAACAAAGAGAGUUCUAGAAACCACAACACAAGUACAAUGGUGAUUGUAAAAAGCAAGCUACAGAGACAGGCAGAAAUAGUUUCAUGAAAGUUAUGCAGAAAGGAAGAAAGAUGGAAGAAUGAGGCUGCAGAAAGAGCACGAGAGAGAGAAACAAAGAAAGAAAGAGAUAAGGUGACAAAAAGUGAGACAGACAAAGCACAGUAAUGAUGGCGUGGCUGACUAUUAUUUUAUGUGGGUCUAGCCUUGGCAAAGUGUUACCUGUGAAGCGCUGUCUCACACACAGUGGCACUUAAAGGCAGUUUACUCACUCUAAUUGUAGGCCUGUGCAUUCGUAAUGGUCCUGACUAUUAUGACUGAACUGUGCAACAUUUGACAUCUAUAUACAAUACGUGUCUGCGUGUGUGUGUGUGUGUGUGUGUGUGUGUGUGCUCACAAUGCACGCAUGCAAGCAGCUUUUCAGGGCAAUAUCAUAUAAUCACAACUCAUUCUAUUUUGCAAGUUGAAGAUUGUAUUUUUCAUGCUGACAUUACGCUAUGGGAAAUUAAUAUGCAAAUGUAAUGAUUUAAUGUAUGCUUCUGUGAAUAGUUAAAUAUGUAAAUAUUAAGUCUGGGUGAUUAAGUUUUAUAAAUGGAACAAUACUUAUUUUGUUAAAUGUUCUCAGGUGUACAUUUAUAGAUUGAGUGUAGAUUACUUUGUGGUCACUGCAACAUCUCAGGCAUCAGACACUUCCUGAGGAAAACUUUCCUGUUGUUGAUUUAUUAUUAAGUCUAAUUUGUCUGCUUUCUAUGGAAAACAAAGGGUUCUUUCUUUCUGCCAAUUUAUAAAUCUAAAAAAAGACCUCAUAAAGAGAGACAAGAAAAAACAAACGUGGAAUUCUGAAUUAUGUGCACAUUGUAAAUUGUGUUUACAGGGCAUAAAAUGGGAAAAUGUGUAAUAAAUGUGUUUUGUGAAUUUCA